AUUGUAAACGCACACACGCCUUUAGUUGGAGAAAGAGCCCAUUCUCAACUUUCCGUAAAGGAAACGAUUUCAGAAGUUUUUUUUUCUUCCGUUAUCUCUGCUUGCGUUUGGACAAUGCGCGACCCACACAUGUCCGUGUGUUGACAGCGCUGGACACUCUGUGUGUGUGGUGUAUACUACAGUUGCGUCUUUCCCCGACUCACCUAUAGAGUGUAGGCCAGGUAGACUACGGGAGCGAAACCGGAAGAACAAGCACAUCUGAUUGUUCACACUAUUUUUCUCUUACCUCUGCAACUAAACUUCUCCCAAUAACGUUUAUGCAGUUUUGAUAAUUCUUCUUCUGAGAGAGUAGAAGUGUGAAGAUGACGGAACUACCAGUUCACAAGAAAAAUAGGCUGAUUCUAGUUGAUGUUUUCUGUGUGGUUAUCGCGGCCCUUCCGUCAGCGGUCUUGACGUUAAUGUUCAGCCCGUACCAGAGGGGUAUCUACUGUGAUGACGAGAGCAUCAGAUAUCCUUACAGAAGAGACACCAUCUCCCACAGGGCAAUGGCUGCAGUCACCAUCACCUCCUCCAUAGUCAUAAUAACUACAGGAGAAGCGUACCUGGUGUACUCCAAGCGUCUCCACUCCAACUCUAACUUUAACCAGUACAUGUCAGCUCUCUACAAGGUGGUGGGGACCUUCCUGUUUGGAGCAGCUGUGAGCCAAUCACUGACUGACCUGGCCAAGUUCACCAUCGGCAGGCCACGCCCUAACUUCCUGUCUGUGUGUAAUCCCACUGUGUGUUCUGGGUACAUGCUGCAACUCAACUGUACUGGCAACCCUCGAAACGUCACAGAGUCCAGAUUGUCGUUUUACUCCGGACACUCUGCCUUCGGGAUGUACAGCAUGCUGUUUCUAGCAUUGUAUGUGCAAGCACGUAUGCAGGGGAAGUGGACUCGUCUGGUCAGACCCACAGUGCAGUUUUUCCUCGUGUUGUUUGCGUUGUACGUUGGAUACACACGGGUUAGCGACUACAAACACCACUGGAGCGACGUACUGGUGGGACUGCUGCAGGGAACUCUCAUCGCUGUGCUCAACGUUUGCUACGUCUCUGAUUUUUUUAAGCUCCGGCACCCUCCUCGCUGCCCACGAUCAGAGACGGCUGAAGACGAACACCUAGAGGCCAAACCUGGUCUGAACCCAGACACACAACUACACAACAACCACUACAACUACACAACUACUACAGCGUGAACAUAGACUAACAACUACACUACCACUGCAACUACACAACAACCUCUACACAACAAUCACGGCAACCGUGGGGAAGUGGCGUAGACAGGAAUUUGUUGGUGGGUGGGCAAUUUUUUUUAAAUUAAAAUGUUUUGUUGUUGGGGAAAGGAGAUAACUUCCUGCAAUGUUGCCAUGUGGCCAAGAGAGAAAUGUACAGUUUUAUAGCUGUCUAUGAAUUCUAUCUGAUGAUGUUUGCAUGUUUAGGUAAAAAGACGACAAAUAAUCAGAGCCCGACCCAUAUUGGAUUUUUGGGUCCGAUACCGAUUUUGAGGAAGGGAAAAGUCACAGAUUACUGAUAUAUCUGCCGAUAUAUUGUUUUUUUAGAGGUUGAAUGAAAAACAGACCAAAUUGUGCUUCAAAGGAUCAACAGAUACUCUAAAUGAUGAUUUCUUAACUAAAUAUUAUAGAUAACAUUAUUUAAGAACAUUUUAUUUGUGGUUUACACAUUAUAUUCUCUAUAAAUACAACAGUGAAUACAAAAGCUUGUUUAGUUGACCUUAGGUGCAACUUAAAAAUGUCUAUGGCAGUGGAAAAGAGGUAUGAAAAACUAUUUGUGCUAAACCACCAUAAGGGUAGUCAUGUAAACAAACACUUUAUGGUCAACCUUGCAAUGAGAGUACGUUAUGACAAGCACAAGCUAGCUGUUCAUUACGACAAUGUUUUCUUACAGAAACCAUAUUUACAUAACAUUGUUAUUCAAUACAAAAUAUAUUGGCUAUACAUUUCAACUGCAAAUGGCAUGCGCUGAUGACUGAAAAUGUUUAUGCAUGCAAAUUCUUGCCUCACUGGUUUUUGUCACACAUUCUAAUUUCGCGAGCUAGCUAACAUUAGCUACUUAUCUCAUAAUGAAUGCAAGCACAUGGCCUGAAUGAUAGACCUGCGCCAACUGUUGUUUUUUGCAGAUUGCAUAUUUCAGAAAACUAACUAAAUUAGCCCACUAGCUAACAUAAUAGGCCCUGACAGUAUCGGUCUUCUUUUUGUAUCAAGGACGAGUGUUCACUUUGGCGUCAGUCCAGUGUUGGCACAUACGUAGCACAGAUUGCUAGCUAUCUAGCUAAGUUUACUACCUUGCUGGCUAGAUAGCUAAGCUAACUACCUUGCUGGCUAGCUAGCCAGCUAACGUUAACAAAGUGAGAAUGUGAUGAGGACAGGGCUGCUUGCUUGGUGAAGUGUACUUUUGAUUAUUUACUCAUGCUGGCUGUGGCAAGCUACUCACCAUCAAACCACCAUGUCUACUUUCUCUCACAUUGUGGACUAGGGCUGAAUGAUGUUCAAUGAGCAGCUGGUAGAGUGCCCUCUUUAGGCAACCAUUGAAAAUGGAGCAGACACAUUUGUUUAUUCUAUGUAUAUAAUAUGGGCACUUUAUCUGUGGAAUAAAGGCAGAUAAAAAUAUUUCUGUGAAAGGCUAAUAUCGGCCGAUAAUAUUGGUCAACCAAUUUAUCGGUCGGGCUCUACAAAUAAUGUCCCAUUUGGAACAAUGACAAGGAAAGAGCAGUACAUUUUUUAUAUCUAGAAAGAAAAUAGGUUUUUGCUCCCAGUGGGGGGGGGGCUGGGCCCACCCAUGCCUACGCCCCUGCCGUGGGGCUGUCUGUGUGAGAGAAGUGUGUAUAUCAGUGUAGGCUCAUUGUAUUGGCUGGACUGGAAUAAAUGAAACGUAUCAAACACCUCAAGCAUAUGGAAACCACAUAAACACAUCUGUUUAUUCCAGUCCAGCAUUACAAUGACCCUGUCCUCCGAUAGCUUCUCCCACCAGCCGCCACUGGUGUAUAUGAGAAGAUGUGUAUAACCACUCACAUGCAUUUAACUUUGUAUUUUAAUAAAAUGUACUAAAAGUAUGGAGGAUGAGACAGUUUUAGCAGAGAGAAAGAAUUAUUGUGUAGUUCCCUAGAUUUCAAUUAUGCUAACAGGAAACACUGAAACAACUUUUUUUUAAAUUGUUUUUUAUGAUUCAUUUAUAUUUCCUGUGCAGCAGCAUCAACCAGGUUGUCUUCUUGGGAUUUGUAGUUUCUUUGAGUGUCCUGUAGUUCUUUUUUAACCCACCCUCUAGUCUAGUUUGAAUUUGUAAAUUAGUUUUUUUUUGUGUGUGUUUGUAAUGCUUUGAUCCCUUUGUUACCUACACUGGAGCUAACCCUCUCACACUUCUUCCAUCAAGACAGCGGUCUCCAAGCCUCGUGCUGGGGAUCUACUAGGCUGCGGGCUUUUGUUCCCGCCCACCACCAACCUACCUGAUUUAACUAGUCGUUAAGACCUUGAUUAGCUGAAUCGGGUGGGUUAGUGUGCUCAUCCUGUAGUUCUCAAGGAGGGGGGGAAGACCAAUGGUCUGUGGAGUUCAAUGUUAGGCCUACUGAUACCUAGCAUGUCUGUAGAAGACAUGCAUGUACAGUAUAUGGAAUGUAAAACACAGUGUUGCAUAGAUAAUUACUUUCUAACUAACUGUUUAUUUCUGUCGUAUCUCUAAGAAUGUAAUACCACUACUAGCCCACUGAUGUUUUUUUAAUGUUAUUGACGCAACUUGUAUUAGUUACUCCAGUUUAUUAUAUAUAAAGCUGUGUAUAACCUGCCUUCUCGCAUGGCAACACAGGUCCUGUGAGAUCAUGAUGCCAUGUGCUGCCUUUGAAAUGUU